AACGACGAUGUGGAGGGUACUGUUUGCGCCUUGUUGGCCCGUGAUAAUACCAAUUGACCCAUUACGAGGAGUCCAUGGAUCUUAGCCCGCAUCCAGCUUUGAGGACUGCGGAAUCAUGGUAGUUUACUCCUUCUACAUCUUCGAUAGGCAUACGGAGUGCAUCUACAGCAAGCUCUGGGCGAGGCAAGACAACCCCAGCUCCAUUGCUGGUCCGGGACAUACGAAGGGAAGGCCCGUCUCAGACUCCAGCAGCAUAAGCAACGAUGUUACGGUAGACCUGGGUCCUGCCCGAGCUCGGCCAGCUCGGCUAAGCGCGAAAGACGAUGCGAAACUUAUCUUUGGAACAAUAUUCUCUUUGCGCAAUAUGGUUAGGAAGCUGGGAGGCGAAGAUGACAGCUUCAUAUCGUACCGGACGGGGCAAUAUAAACUCCACUACUACGAAACGCCGACGAGUAUCAAGUUUGUGAUGCUCACCGAUACACAAAGUCUCAAUAUGCGGAAUGUUCUUCAUCAAAUAUAUGUGAACCUCUACGUGGAAUUCGUGGUGAAAAACCCCCUCUCUCCGGUAGAGCACCCAGGAGGCGAUGGAGUCGCGAACGAAUUGUUUGAAUUGGCAUUAGAUCAAUUUGUAAAGGGCGUAUUAUAGAAUAUAACGCAUACAAGUUUCACGUGUGCUUGGCCUUACAGUGAACAAAAAUAGUGCUUGCUCUUUAAAUGGCA